GACAAGGAUGCACUCAAAUUUCCAAAAAAUCUGGAAGACCUUCGCCGGCUAAAUGCCAUUCUGUCUGUGUACAUUAACCAACACUUUGGAAAUGUGUAUGUAACCUUUUUUAUAACAUAUGUCUAUCUCCAAAGUUUUUCAGUUCCAGGCUCAAUGUGGCUAUCUAUCCUAGGUGGAGCUCUGUUUAACUUUUGGACAGCUUUAUUCACAGUUUCUUUGUGUUCUGCAAUUGGGUCCUGUGUGGCAUUCAUCAUCUCCGGUAGUCUAGGCUCAGUAGCGGUUAUGCGUUUGAUUGGAGACAGAAUUUCAAAAUGGAAUGAACAGCUUGUGCAACAUAAGCAGCAUAUGCUCAACUACAUGAUUGUCCUGCGCGUGGCACCUUUACCACCCAAUUGGACCGUCAAUCUUGGCGCACCACACCUUAAUGUUCCCAUCAGCGCAUUCUUCUGGGGAACUUUUAUUGGCGUUGCUGGUCCGUCAUUUAUUCACGUCCAGGCCGGCGCAGCUCUCGACCGACUUUCGUCUUCCGAUGAGCUCAAGCUUUUCACACCCAUCAAUGUUGCAUGCCUCGUGGCAGUAGGUGUGGUUGCCCUGAUUCCUGUGUUUAUCAGAAAGAGAUAUGAGGUGUAA